CGAUUACCUACUGUCUCACCUAUCGAAGGUUACGUCACAUUGUUACAUGUAAUUCAGUUGCUAGCUUGAUGCUCUUGAUUGUUCUUUACGGGAAAAGAUGAUAAUUUAUUCAAUCAAUUUAAAAAUAAGCGUGUGUCGUGUGUCUGACAUUCGUCUGGAUGUUUUGGAUCUCCAAAGGAAGUUGUAUGCCCGUGUAAAGCAACAUGGCAUCCUAUAGUGUGUUGUGCUAG